AGACGGAAAGAAGAAGAAGAGAAGAAGAAGAAGAAGAAGAAGAAGAACGUGAGUGAGAGCUAACAACAGCUAACCAGCUAGUUAGCAGCUGGCUAACCUUCAGCUAAAGCCAACGUGAUGUCUACAGCCUCUAAGGUGGUUCUCGGUGUUUCUGUGGUUCUGACUCUGAGCACCGUGGCAGGUGUGCACCUCAAACAGACCUGGGACAGACAGCGUCUCCACGAGGGCGUGGUCAGAGAUCUGGAGCGACUGGAGAGGAAGAAGGAGAACCUGCGGCUCCUGGAGGAGCAGAGGAGUCUGACCAGACAGCUGGAGGAGGAGAGACAACGCAGAGAGGCAGAGCUCCGCCCACAGGACCACUGACCCAGGUGUGUUUGUGAGGUUCGGUGAUGGACAGCAGCAGUGAACCUCUGGGUGGAGGCGAGGAUGAGGCGGCGUGCACGUCGGCCUCAGAGGGUCUGGAGGAGGGCGAGGUGGAGGGGGAGACCCUGCUGAUCGUGGAGGCGGAGGAUCAGGGCUCGGUCGACCUGUCACAUGACCAGAGCG